UUUUUCACGUUUUCUUGCGGCACGCUGGAAUUUUGGCCACCGAACAAUUAUUGAGCCAAUUUGAUAUCUGGACGUGGCUCGAGAAAUUCAUAGCAUUUUUGCUUCAUUCAAAGUAAUAUACUGAAAAGAUGACAACCGUUACAAUAGCAACCGCUGCACUAGCUAAAGAAAAGGUAUGGUUUGAUAAGCCAUCCUACGACAAAGCAGAACGCCAGUAUUUUGAGAAAAUGGCCAAGGUGGUGUCUCGUAAGAUUGCGGGAGGCUGCACGCUUAAGUCUGACAAUUCUAUAACUGACAAGUGCCAAGAUCUAAUCAAUACUAAUACAUUGAAAUCUAAGGCUGAAAAAUCUAAAGACAACAUGUUAGCUCAUGAGUCGAAUGAAACGAAUAUGAAACGUUCCAAAUGCCAAGGAAAGAAUGCAAAAACCAUCAAUAAAGAUACUGCAGAUGUGUGCAACAUGCAGAAUAAAGAAAACGCAAAGACAUGUGAAAAAUUUGAUAGCAUGGAUAACGCGAAGGAAAAGGAGAAUACUUCUCCGAGCGAGAAAUCUAAAAAAUAUAAUGCGAAAGAGGCUAAAGAGAAAAAGAACAAGGAAGAUACAAGAAAUAAAAAUAGGGGAAAUGGAGGAACUGAUCUCGGGGAAAAUAAAGAAACUGCAGUGCCAUUCGCAAGGAAUAAAGAACAAUUGCCCGACCAGGCUCAACAGUCCACUUGCCCAAUGCCUCCUGUUGGAAGUUUGGCCAAUGAGGUUGCGAAGGCUCGGCAGCAUAUUAAACAGUCUUUACAGUGUAUGGAUGAUAUUGCAGCACUUGCUCAUACCGCAAAUCAAGAUAUUACUCCUCGUAUUGUCAAACUUGAAAAAGAAAAUCAGGAUCUGCGAAAUAUCAUUCAGGACCUGAAGAAUACUGUUGAAAAGUUGACGCAUCAAGUGAAAAUUGUUGGAACUUUGGAACAUCGUGUCGAGAGCCUUGAAGCACGUAUACCUUGGAUAGCAAUUUGUCCUGCGAAACUUGAGGAACCAAAACAAGAGCAGAAGCAGAACAAAAAAAAAGAUGACAAUGAAGAUAUUGAUCUGUUUGGUUCUGAUUCAGAGGGAGACGAUUCAGAGGCUGCCAAGAUUAGGGAAGAACGAAUUGCUGCAUACAUUGCUAAGAAAUCUAAAAAACAAGCCUUAAUAGCUAAAUCAAAUAUCGUCCUGGAUGUCAAACCAUGGGACGACGAAACAGACAUGCAAGACAUGGAAAAAGAAGUGCGGAAGAUCGAGAUUGAUGGUCUUCUUUGGGGUGCUUCUAAACUCAUACCGCUUGCCUUUGGAAUUCACAAACUACAGAUUUCAUGCGUAGUAGAAGACGACAAAGUGUCAGUAGAUUGGUUAAUGGAAAGGAUUCAAAAUAUCGAAGAAUAUGUACAAAGCGUUGAUAUUGCGGCUUUUAACAAGGUGUAAAGAAACUAGAGUCAAACUACAAAAAAAUGUGUAGUCAAAAAUAA